UCUCCAUCCGCCAUUUUCAGCACAUUGGAAAGCAGGUAGACCAAAAACUACACAGUGCCGGUAAAAACAACAGAAUCUAUGAAAUAAGAAAAGUCUUAGGAGUCUCAAAUUCAAUCGAGUGUUAAAUCCUUGCCGCAGGCUGUAAUGGCUUUGCCUCAAGGAGCAUAUGAAACCUUGGAUGACAUCCCAGCCCAUGUGUGGAAGGGGCUGCCAAACAGCAUGAAGCUGGGACCGUCAGCUGUCAACCCAAAUCGCAUUGGUGUAUGGGCAUCUAGAUUAAUACCUAAAGGCAAAAGGUUUGGGCCAUUUGUAGGAGAACGAAAGAAGAGAUCUCAAGUGACAAGCAAUGUUUACAUGUGGGAGGUAUAUUUUCCAGCCUGGGGUUGGAUGUGUGUAGAUGCCACAGAUCCAAUGAAAGGGAACUGGUUGCGGUAUGUGAACUGGGCACGCUCUUCUCAAGAGCAAAACCUCUUUCCACUGGAAAUCAACCGAGCCAUUUACUACAAAGUGUUGAGGCCAAUCGGACCCGACGAAGAACUUCUCGUGUGGUACAAUGGGGAAGACAAUCCUGAGAUAGCAGCUGCAUUAGAGGAAGAAAGGACUAGCAACCUGAGCAAGAAGAGUUCACCUAGAGCAAAGCGAGAUUUGUUUCUCCCUAAAGCAAGGAGGAAGCUGUCGGAAAAAGCCAGACAGGCUGAUUUGGGUGAAUUCUGUGAACCGAAGAAAUCGAGUGCUGCUGAACCCUUAUUCACAGCGAUGCGGGACUCAGAGGAAGGGCUUAAUGGUGAGGAAAGACCAUCUUCACCUCCAGAGUUGCAACAGGAGAAUACAGUUUCCCAGUUAUCUUCGACAGAAAGUGAGAACCCUGUCCAGUCUCAUACAACAGAGAUGAAUCAGAGGGAAGAAUUGGAUGAGGAACAUGCAAACAUUGAUGGAGAACUGCAGCACCCACAGUUAAAUCAGAGCCCACAGCACCCCUCUGAGGCAGAAUCAGUUGAUGGGAAUGAAAAAUCUCUCCUGCAAUUACAUUCAGGCAGCCCUGCAGAAGAAAGCUCUGAGAGUCCACUGUGUGAUACAGAGUGUAUGUCUUCUUUAGCAAAUCCUGAGUUGGAGGCAGAGGGGGAUUUUGAGGAUGACCCCCAGGGAGGAACGUACCCCUGUCAGCACUGCGAGCGUCAUUUCUCCACCAAACAGGGCCUGGAGCGCCACACUCACAUUCACACUACUUCAAACAUUCAAACUCAUACGUUUAAGUGCCGGUACUGUGCCAAGCCCUUUGGCUCUCAGGUGGGCAGACGCAGACAUGAACGUAGACAUGAGAAUGGGAGUAAAACUUUAAAUAGGCCCGGGUCACUCAGCGGAGCAGCAUUCCUCCACAGUCCUACAAUGCCCAAUGAUUCUGCAACCUCUGGCAGUGUGUCCACUCCAAGCCAUGCAGUCGUUAUGAACACACAGAACAGUCCUCUUCAGCAAACCUCUGACAAUUUGAAAAAAGAGCCUGGUGUUGAAUCUGACAGGCCUUUUAUAUUAGAUGAGAAUGGGGAGUCAAAAGAGCUUCAUCCUUGCAAGUACUGUAACAAGGCUUUCGGCACACACACCAACAUGCGCAGGCACCAGCGCAGAAUCCAUGAGCGGCAUCUAAUGCCGAAAGGUGUUCGCCGGAAAGGUAUACUCCUGCAGGAUGGCUCCUCCCAACACCAGCAGCAUGAACAAGGGCAGACCGUUUUGCUCCAGGAAGAGUCACCAAGUGCCAGUCCCCCACCUAUUUAUGUGCCCAGUGUGGAGACCGAGGAUGAGGGAGAGAGGGAGGAGUGUAUGGUUGAUAUCUCUAACAAUAUUUCUGAAAAUCUCAGCCAUUACAUCGAUGGAAAGAUCCCAUCUACAAGCACAGUGAGCAACUGUGAGGUCAUCGAGGUUGAUUCAAGCACUGCAGCGUUGUUUGGCCUUGAUGCUCUCAUUUUGAGCCCCAAACAAAUUAGUCAUUCUCUUAAAGUUGAAACACGGACUUGUCCAGUGAAGGAAGUUUCAUGCGUCCCUCAGACAGCUUCUAAAAGGCGAACUGCUACACCACCGCUGCUGCCUGCUGUAAAAGUGGAGGCAGAAACGGUGUCCUCCUCUUCCUCAUUGUCCUCCCCUUCCUCUCAGUCCUCUUUGUUGGUAGGAAACAUUUUCUCCCAGUCAACCGAAACAUUAGCUUUUCAAAAGGAGAAAACAGUUUAUCUUUCUCCAAAACUCAAACAAUUACUACAGGCCCCGGACGGUCAGAAACCAUCCAUAAGUCUAAUUACAGAUAAUAGAUUGACCACCCCACUUUCCGUAACUUCACUGCCUGCUGUCCAAGGUAGGUUUAAAAGAAGAACCGCCUCCCCUCCCACAACUUCACAGAGUAGCCCACCACAAAGAAAUGAGAACAUAAGCCCUGCAACUGGGGUUUCAUGUACUCUGAAGGUGCCAAAGAUUGAGAGCCACUGCAUGACACGUUCUUGGAGUUUGUCCAGCAGUGAUCAUGGGGACACUGAAAGCCUGACAGGAAAAGACUGGUCUCCUUCAAGAAGCGGCGGGAAUUCUUGCAAUCAGCAGCCGCUUGACCUUUCAAAUUCCUUCAGUAAGAGAGACAAUAGUGUAAGCAGAGGAUCUGGAGAGGCUGUCCUUGACCUAAGUAUGAACCGUAAAAGUCCUGUUGACCAUGAAGUAAAGACAUGCUCAGCCACACUACCGCCACAUGUGAAGAGGAAGAAACCUAAUACCAGCAUUUUAGAAAAAGUGUUAAUGAACGAGUAUGCUGGCCUAAACUCGCCCGGAGAAGAAGGAUCCAACACUCUUGGAAGCCCUGAUGCCCUUUCAUCUUCUGAGAGUGCCACAUGUGUAGCCCCUUCUAGUCCUGGAUCAGAAUCGGAGCGCCUUCCUUGUGAAUCAACCUCUCCUCCUUCCUUGACCCCUAUGACUAUUAAUCCAUCCUCUCCAUCUUCCUCUAGUAUAGCUUCAACUACUCCCCCUCCUCCAGUCCUGCCCACUAUCCCAUCUCCUCCACCUUUAUCAUCGCAGCAUUUUCAAGUGUCAGACUCCUUAUCACCUUCCCCUUUCCCUGUGUUGUCCCCUAAAAUGUCCCCCAAAGCAGUCGAUAGUUUAGAGGAAGUGUCUGAUUCAUCUGCAUUAACAGAAUCAUGCCAUGAUACAUUAAAUUCCAUUGUUAAUGAAUCAGACCAAACUGCUGAGCAGUUAGACCCUGCGAUUUCUCCACUGCCUCAGGAUGCAAAAAGACAUUGUACAGCAGAUUCAUCUUCAAAGUCAGAAACACUACUUGAGGGCUCAACUCAUGAUUCUAAGCCUCAGUUUUUAAGAAAUGCAGACCAAGCAGGUUCUUCUCACCUAGAGUGGGAUACUACUUCUGAAACCAGCCAAAGCCAUUCCUGUGAAGGAAUUCUCCCUCAAGACCUCAAUAUUAAAACAGAAGGCCGACACAAAUCAAAGUCUUCUCUUUCUACAGUACAAUCAAAUCCUAAAGAAUCUUCACCGACCUUCCUCAGCGAAUUUCAUUCUCCACAGAAGAGUUCAGUGGUCGAUAACAACUUGGUUGUAGAGGAUUCAGGGAAAAAAGAGGAGUCGGUGGAUAUAACCGCAAAUGGCGCUGACGUUUCACCUGGGACUCCAGUCAAAAAUUGUGAUGAGGUUGAAACACCAGAGAGAGAGACUUUUGUCAAGAGUUUUGUGUGUAACGUCUGCAAAGAGCCAUUUCGCUCAAUCAAAGACCUUAGUGGCCAUAUAAUACAGCAUGCGUCAGAGUGGCCUUUUAAGUGUGAGUUUUGCGUGCAGUUAUUUGGCAACGCCACUGCACUCCUCGAGCACCGCUCCUCUCUCCAUGGGGUGGGAAGAAUUUAUGUUUGCUCCAUUUGCUCAAAGGAGUUUGCCUUCCUCUGCAAUCUCCAGCAACAUCAAAGUGACCUACAUCCAAGUCAGAGUUGCACUCACACUGCCGUUGAAAAUGGGAAGCUCAGACCUCAGAACUACACAGAUCCUGCUUACGCAAAUGUGGAGAAAGAUGCUGUUGUCGAUUCAACUGAGGAUUCUUCUGAGGAGCGUAAAAGUGACACUAAUAAGGUGGAAGAAGAGGAAAAUGGCCAUGAGGACCCUACAGAAGAACUAUACACUACAAUAAAGAUUAUGGCAUCUGAGGCUGGUAAACCGAAAGGUCCAGAUGUACGACUUGGCAUUAAUCAACACUACCCCAGCUUUAAGCCUCCACCUUUCCCGUACCACAACCGAACACCCGAUGGCUCGGUUUCCUCUGCCACUAAUUUUACCACACACAACAUCCCCCAAACAUUUAGCACUGCCAUCCGGUGUACCAAAUGCGGAAACAGCUUUGACAACAUGCCUGAGCUACACAAACACAUAUUGGUUUGUGCUAAUGCUAGUGAUAAGAAGCGCUACACCCCUAAGAAGAAUCCCAUUCCUCUCAAACAAGUUGUGAAACAGUCUCCAAAUGGUCUUCUUUCCACCACAGGAGCUAGUACUGGGCAGAAUGCCUUCCGCAGAAUGGGCCAACCAAAAAGGCUCAACUUUAACCAAGAUAUAACCUCUAAAGCAAAGUUAUCAGCUCUGAAUAAGAAGAAAAACCAGCUUGUCCAGAAAGCCAUAUCUCAGAAGAACAAGUCUGCUGCCUCUGCAAAGAAACCGAUAACCCGGAUAAAGGAAGAGGAGACUCAUGAUAUCCAUGCAUGCCCAUACUGUAGUCGAGAGUUCACAUACCCAGCCAGCCUCGCUAAACACAUCGCUUGCAGCUGUCCACAAAGACCUGUUGCCAAGAAGUUGAAAAAAGGUGCACUGAUGCCUCAAGACAAAAACAGGAGUCUCCGAAGUCGAGCCACUGACUCUGAAGUUAAACAAGAGGCAGGUUCUGGAUCAAGUGCAAAGCCCUUGGGGAAAACAAGAGCCCGGAGCUCUGAGCCAAUUGAGAAUGAGGCUCCACCAGCAAUUAAAGGAAAAGAACCUCAGGUACGUACAAAGAGGCCAGCCUUGAAUAUGGACAACACGGCCCCACAAACUAAGAAAGGCAAAAAGAGCAAUGAGCCACUGACUUCCAUAACUCCUGCAGUUACUGAUGACUCUUCAACACGACCACCGUCUAAAAUGCAACGUGGAUCUAAGGAGGUUGUUGUCAAGAAGGAGGCUGUUGUCAGGAAGGAGGCUGUUGUCAAGAAGGAGGCUGUUGUCAAGAAAGAGGUUUUUGUCAAGAAGGAGGUUGAUGUGAAAACGCACCAGUCCAAAAAGGAGGAGCGUUUUUCGGCAAGGACACGGGAGAGAAAAGGUGGGCCGGUGACACGCAGUGUGCAGAUGGCUAGUGCUUCAGCUCCUUUGGAAGUGAAGACUGAAGACCUCUCAAACCAUGAACCAGGGCAAUCUGAGGAGUCUCUAUUGAAGUUAACCAGGUAGAACUCCACGUUCUCUACAGGAUUGCUUUAGUCAGUGAUUGGAAGGGGAACUUCUUUCAACUAAAUUGGAUUAACUUGAUCAUAGCCUGAAUGUUCAGGGGAACCAGGAGUUAUCUCCCUGCUCGUCUUUUGUGUUGGCCCAUUGGAAGUAUCUUCUCAGUGCACUUUUAUAAAUAAGCCUUUGGAUGUCUAACCCCCUCCCCCAAAAUGGACUGAAGAAUAUGAUAAAUAAAUCUCAAUCAAGCAUAAUAUUACUUAUGUAAUAUUUAUAAAUGUUGACAUUCUGGUUUUAAGAUAUUGCAAGAGGCAAUCAUUCAACAGUUUCUCUUAGACUGGUUGACCCCGUUUAAUCUGUAAGGUUUUCGGAUCCAACGGUCUCCUAAUGCAUGUGCUUCUGUAUACAGUAUGAUUGGACUGAUCCUCUCUCCAUGUCUGUACUCCGUUUUGACCUGCUCCUCUUUUACUGAGAGAAAUUAUUUGAAGAAGAGUAUAUAUGUAUAUUUAAGUAAAUGUAAUCCUCCACAGGGAAUGUUUAUCAUACUGAGGCUCUCAUAAUCUGAGAGGCUUUUUUUGUUUUUACUUUGUUGUUGAUGUUUUUGUUUAUUUUGGCAUAGUAAAUGAAUUGAGCUGUUUGAUACAGUCAGAGUGAGCAGGAGAGAACGGUUUGCUGUAUGUAAAAAGUGUUCGACCUUCACCUGAACCAGCCAAACCCGUAAGCCAUUUUUUUUUCUUUUCUUUUCUCUGUUCCUUUUGUAAUCUAAAUAUUCUACAGCAGGGCUGCUGGCCAUUAAAAUUACACUAAAACUUCAACUGGGAAUGACAAACAGUCUUCUGCACUUGCAUGAGAUGAAUUAAAAGUUGUAAGUGCCAUUAUUACAACCCAAAUUAUGUAAUUGCAUAUUACAUACAUAUUGCAUAGUAGUGAUCUGGUCAAUCAGGUUGCUCGUUUCUAUGAAAAGCACUUUAUUUAGGCUAAUUUGCCUUUUAUGGAUAUCUCAAAGUUUGAGGUGAUUUUACAAAAUGUGAUGACACCUGCUUGAAAAUGAGAAAAACAGCAUUAAUUUUUCACUGGUAUAUUAUACGCAUGUACGUCGUACCCUGAGGCAACCUCAGAAAUUUGCUUCCAGUCUGUUAAGACCUAGUUAAUGUUGCAUUAUUAGUAUAAUUAGCUGUUAUUGCCAUGACGCCAUCGCAAGAUUCUUUGGUAACCAAGCAUUACACAAAUGUUCUGUUUUUUUCGUUUCCCAUUUUUAUAAAAUGGAUAAGGCCUCUGCUUUAAUAGAACAUCAACUGCACUUAAAAUCCUUAUUGGUCUACCUCCUGGCAAGCUUUGAACUGAUGCGUUUUCUGCCUUUGGACAGCGUAAUCCCUCUCACUCCUAAGCCUGUCUCUGCCAUGUCAUUUCCACUUUACAACCUGGACAAUGAGGACAGGGAUCUAAACAAGAUCUGAAUGCUUGAAAUGUUUUUUAAGCAAGGAACUUGAAACGAUAUUUCUUUUUCUUUACAGAAUUUCCAUCUUGCAGUAUGUCUUUGCUGUCCUGCAUUGAUAUAUUUUUGGGAAUGAAAUGUUGACCGUGUUUUGUGAUUAUGAAUAAUAACCUUCACAAAUGUAAAAUGCAUUGUCCUAAUUGAUAUAUUAAAUUUUUUUUCAAUGUA